AUGCGUUGUGUUGCUCGUAUCGCGAUUUUGACGGUGCUCGCAUUCAUCGUUCUCAUUUAUUUGGCUGUUCAAAGUGCGAAUUCGAAAAUUGUUGUUGGCUUUGAUGAAAAUGACGAGGAAGCACGCCGUAUUCUCGAGAAUGCGAUUCCAUCGCCAACAAACAAUCAGAACAACAAUAUCCAGGCGAAUCUCCUUCCAAAGCAGUCGCUCUCUCUCUCGGUAGCACUUGUGCUCAUCGUUUCACUAAUCAGCGUUGCACUUUUAAUCACAGGUAUUAUUAUAAUCGCAGUAACUUUGGAUCCAUCGGGCUCCGGCGAAGAUGAUGAAUCCGAUCUCGAACCCGACGAAAAGGCGCCCUUCCAAUACUCGAACGGCUACUAUCCUCUGACAUCCUCAACCCUCAUCGAGCUGUGA